AUGGACACUGGAGGUGUUCAUGGUGGUAUUAGUGAUAUGGACAGUGGAGGUGUUCAUGGUGGUAUUAGUGGUAUGGACAGUGGAGGUGUUCAUAGUGGCAUGAGUGAUAUGGACAGUGAAGGUGGUAUUAGUGGUACAGACAGUAAAGGCGUUCAUAGUGGCAUGAGUGAUAUGGACAGUGAAGGUGGUAUUAGUGGUACAGACAGUAAAGGCGUUCAUAGUGGCAUUAGUGAUAUGGACAGUGGAGGUGGUAUUAGUGGUAUGGACAGUGGAGGUGUUCAUGGUGGUAUUGGUGGUAUGGACAGUGGAGGUGUUCAUGGAGGUAUUGGUGGUAUGGACAGUGGAGGUGUUCAUGGUGGUAUUAGUGGUAUGGACAGUGAAGGUGUUCAUGGUCGUAUUGGUGGUAUGGACAGUGGAGGUGUUCAUGGUGGUAUUGGUGGUAUGGACAGUGGAGGUGUUCAUGGUGGUAUUGGUGGUAUGGACAGUGAAGGUGUUCAUGGUGGUAUUGGUGGUAUGGACAGUGGAGGUGUUCAUGGUGGUAUUGGUGGUAUGGACAGUGGAGGUGUUAAUAGUGGCAUUAGUGAUAUGGACAGUGGAGGUGGUAUUAGUGGUAUGGACAGUGGAGGUGUUCAUGGUGGUAUUGGUGGUAUGGACAGUGGAGGUGUUCAUGGUGGUAUUGGUGGUAUGGACAGUGGAGGUGUUCAUGGUGGUAUUGGUGGUAUGGACAGUGGAGGUGUUCAUGGAGGUAUUGGUGGUAUGGACAGUGGAGGUGUUCAUGGUGGUAUUAGUGGUAUGGACAGUGAAGGUGUUCAUGGUGGUAUUGGUGUGGAAGGUGUUCAUGGUGGUAUUGGUGGUAUGGACAGUGGAGGUGUUCAUGGAGGUAUUGGUGGUAUGGACAGUGGAGGUGUUAAUAGUGGCAUUAGUGAUAUGGACAGUGGAGGUGUUCAUGGUGGUAUUGGUGGUAUGGACAGUGGAGGUGUUCAUGGUGGUAUUGGUGGUAUGGACAGUGGAGGUGUUCAUGGUGGUAUUAGUGGUAUGGACAGUGAAGGUGUUCAUGGUGGUAUUAGUGGUAUGGACAGUGGAGGUGUUCAUGGUGGUAUUAGUGGUAUGGACAGUGGAGGUGUUCAUGGUGGUAUUAGUGGUAUGGACAGUGAAGGUGUUCAUGGUGGUAUUGGUGGUAUGGACAGUGGAGGUGUUCAUGGAGGUAUUGGUGGUAUGGACAGUGGAGGUGUUCAUGGCGGCAUUAGUGAUAUUGACAGUGGAGGUGUUCAUGGUGGUAUUGGUAGUAUGGACAGUGGAGGUGUUCAUAGUGGUAUUGGUGAUAUGGACAGUGGAGGUGUUCAUAGUGGUAUUAGUGGUGUGGCUACUAAUCAGCCCAAGAUCCGAAAGAACAUCACCAGAGAUGAACGUAACGCCAUCACCGAACUACGCAAAGACCCAGAAAUCACCAUUGUAGAAGCUGACAAAGGAAAGGCAGCUGUUGUUAUGGACACACCUAAGUUCCUGGAAUUAGUCGUGAUAGCUCCACCUACCAACUUUUAG